CUCGGUAUAAACUCGGAUGAUCCUGAGAUACAAGAAAAUAUAAAUGAAAAACAGGGGGACGACGAAGUAUUCCUACCAGUCUCCACUCCAGGACCAUCCGCGAAUAAUACAACUCCAGACGUAGGCCAAGAGGGGGACGACGAAGCAGAGAAAGAUGAUGAAGCCGAAAAGGACAACGAAACGACCGUUCCACCGAAACAACGACGUAAAACUCGAGAAUUAAUAAAAAUGUUCGAUGAACUCCUCCAAAGACGACCACCGUCAGGCAAUAUCUAUACCGAGAGAGCUUUAGAAAGAAUCCGUAAGGAAGAAGCAAUAGCUAAUUAUACUCCCCAGGAGUAUGCCGAAUUAAAACGUACUAGCUCCGAAACCGCGAAAAAAAUUCGCCAAUCAUUAAACAAACUUCCACCUCUCUGGCGAAGUGAAGAAGACUCGUUAAAUGAAGAUACAAUACCAGAAAUUAAUGUCGACGAAUUUCUGAGAGAUAACAGCGACCAGUCAGAGGAAGGAUCAAGCAGCAAUAUCAGUCCAGAAGAAAACGAAGGAAUCGAGGAUUCCAGCGAAACGGAGCCUCCUAUCAUCAUAGAACCAGAUCCCUCAACUUCUUUCGACAACAUAGAUACGAGAAAUAAAAAUAAUUUAACACCCCAAAAUAUAAAUCGAUCGCGAUUCACGGGAUAUUUAGGAGACGGACCAGAACCUCGAACUCCGAUAUUCGGAAGAGUUCUCAUCCCCGACAAUCUAGCGGCCAUGGGUAUACGAUACGACCACGCGAGUGGCCAAAUCGUGGACCAAAACGGUAAUGGAAUAAAUGAAUCAACCGAAAUCGAACCAGCCGAUCCCAAUAACACCCUUAUUGAUCCGGAGCGGGAUAAAUCGAAUGAAAAAUCUUCAAAUUUACCGAAAUUAAUAAAUUCACAAAAUAAUAAUCAUAAAAAUAAAUCGCGCAGUAGUUCAGAAAAAUCUAGCGAUCCAGAUAAAUCCAGCGAUAGACUAACUACAUGCGGGAACAUUAUAGUGGGGGAUGACGUAGGGAACCGUCGAUUCAGCCCACCCUUUGUCGCCUAC